AUGGAAGACUUUCACGAAGAUAUUCAAUCAAAUAUUCUUUCUCGCGUUCCUGAUGAAUCUGUCUUGCACUGCAAACUAAUCUGUCUUGGUAUUCUUUUCGCUAUCUCGGAUCCGGGUGAAAUUCAGCUUUUUUAUACAAAUUAUGACGCUAUUAAAAGUACAAAACACAAAAAGGAUUUUUACAGGAAAAGAAUAACUAGGAUCAACCUUCCUCGAAUAGAAUCAGAUCGCGAUGAACAACAAGUCAUAGUUGGUUCUUGCAAUGGCUUGGUUUGCUUGUCAACACCGCAUAAAAGAGGAAGUUUUUACGACCCUGUCUACAUCUGCAAUCCUUUCACAAGUGAAUACACACUUCUCCCAAAAAUAAGAAACAACGAACAUUGGGGUACUUGGGAUGUACUGAGCGGAUUCGGUUAUCUUCCUUCUACUAAUGAGUACAAAGUUGUGAGGAUCUUGUAUUGUGCAGAUAAGUCCAAGGGACAGGUCCAAGUAUACACUCUAGGUAGUCGUAAUGGUUGGAGAAACGUAACAGAAACCAAACAUGCAUUCGUUUACAGCGUGGGUGUCCUUGCAAAUGAGUCACUUUAUUGGAUAGACGAGAAUAACAACAAGAUUAUAGCUUUUGAUUUGAAAGAUGAAAUUUUUCGAGAGCUUCCACCACCACCAUGCAUCCAAUCUCCUAGAAAUCCCGUUUCAAAGAAAAAGAAUCCCCACGUAGAUGACACAACGUUUUGGCUUACAAUGCUGGGUGGGUAUAUGUGUCUUGUAGAUGAGUCAGACUACGAUUGUAUAGAUAUUUGGUCGUUUAGAAAGAAUAAGCAUCAGGCGAACAAAAGUAGUUACGACGUGAUAGAACAAGACUGUUACUGUGAUUGCAGCUGGAGCAAGGAUUUUAGCAUAGAUUGGGGCAAAAAGGGUAGACGCGGUGAUGAACAACCCUUCGCACUCACAAAGAACAAUGAAAUUUCGAUUUGGCACGAAUCUAAUCUCAAACGUUAUGACCUGGUAACCAAAUGUUUUACUGUUAUCUUGGACAGAGGUUCUCUAUCCUGGUCGACGUUCAAAGGAACUCCACACAUGAAUACUCUAGUUUCCCUGGAAGAUCUUGGUGAGGAACCAAAGCGGGCACCUAAGAAUACACCACCAAUCUCAAGAAAAAGGAAAAGAUCAAUUUAUAGGGGUUUUGGAUUACAACUAAAUAAGUUGCAUUUCAACUUUUAAAAACAGAAAAGUCCAAAAUUACUAUUUUAAAAUGACUAUCAAAACAAUAGAAUUAACUCUUUUUAAAGUAAGUAUUCUUUUCUUUGUUUUUUUCGUUAUCGACUUCGAAAAUUAAAUAGUGACUAUCCAUAGUGGUAGUUAUUUGUUUUUCCUUUUGAAGCCAUAAAAAGUUUUAUAUGUUCAGCGAAUGUUUUAAGAUCAGACUUAUUAAUUAGAAAUUAGAAUUAAAUUAUUUUCAUUGCAAAAACUACUACGUAUGCCUAUCAAACAUGAAGUAAACUUCCGUUAACACUCGCAAUGUUAAUAAGAUGAUAAGUGGGAUGGAGAGAUUAUAAUUCUAAGUAAAAGAGUUAAAGAGAUGGAGCAUUUAAUCCAAAAAAAAAGAAAAAAGUUCAUGAACAAAAAUGUUAUUUGGUAAUUAUUUAUGAGAUUAGAUUUACAAUAAUAAUCAUGUGCCUUGGAAUAAUAU